UGUGCUUAAUUCAGGGUCUUGAAAACAGUCCCGCAAACAGGUCCGUGUGAGGUUAUCUGGAUUUUAUUUUGGUAUACUCUGAAGUCGUUUCAUCGUUUCCUGUUUGGGUUCGUCAACCUUGAUGCGGAGCCUCUGUGGUUUCUCAGCCCGCCCCGCUCCUCCAUUCAUCCGCGUCUCGAGUUUUCGAUCGUUGGACCUCACCCGCCUCCGUCGUCAAUUUGUAGGACAGCAGACAGACCAGAUAGCCGGGAGGCAAUGUCGGGCUCCACUCCCCCGCCUCCCCAAACAGAAGCGAUGGGAACCGAUGGGUGUUUCCCCCCGGACUACAAGCCUUUCAACCCCGAGGAACAUGGCUUGGAGCGCGGCUUUCGUCUCACAGCCUUCUCGGACUUGAAAGGAUGAGGCUGCAAAGUCCCGCAGGAGGCUCUGCUCAAACUCCUGGCGGGACUCGAGCCGAACCGGGCCGACGGGUCAGGGAAGGACGGAGACCACGCAUCGGAAUUGGCGCAACAGUUGCCCGGCCCUCGGCUAGGAGUGGGAAUGGAUUGCGCUGUGAUUCCUCUCAGGCACGGGGGGCUCUCAUUAGUGCAGACAACAGACUUCUUCUACCCUCUUGUGGAGGAUCCCUACAUGAUGGGCAAGAUAGCUUGUGCCAAUGUCCUCAGUGAUCUCUACGCCAUGGGCAUCACAGAGUGUGACAACAUGCUGAUGCUGCUUAGUGUCAGCCAGAAGAUGCACGACAAGGACCGCGAGCGUGUCAUGCCGCUGAUGAUUCAAGGAUUUCGCGAUGCCGCUGAGGAGGGAGGGACUUCCGUGACGGGCGGCCAGACGGUGAUCAAUCCAUGGAUCAUUAUAGGGGGCGUGGCUACAGUUGUCUGCCAGCCCAACGACUUAAUCAUGCCAGACGGUGCUGUCCCAGGCGAUGUUUUGGUCCUUACCAAGCCUCUGGGAACACAGGUUGCUGUCAAUGCUCACCAGUGGCUGGAGCAGCCUGAUCGGUGGAACAAGAUCAAGCUUGUCAUCACCAAGCAGGAAGUUAAAGAGGCUUAUCAGGAAGCUAUGUUUUCUAUGGCAACUCUAAACCGAACAGCGGCAGGUCUCAUGCACAAGUUCCAGGCCCAUGCGGCGACGGACGUGACGGGCUUUGGACUGCUGGGGCACGCCAACAAUUUGGCAACGCAGCAACGCAAUGACGUGGCCUUCGUCAUCCACAACUUACCCAUCUUAGCCAAGAUGGCCGCUGUCAGCAAGGCGUGCGGAAACAUAUUCAAUCUGGUUCAGGGCACAUCAUCAGAGACAUCUGGUGGACUGCUGGUUUGUCUGCCCCGAGAGCAAGCAGCAAAAUUUUGUUCCGAGAUGAAGAGCCAGAGUUCGGGGUCCGGAGGUCAGGGUGCCUGGAUCAUUGGAAUUGUGGAGAAAGGAGACCGUCGCGCUCGCAUCAUCGACAAGCCCCGUAUCAUCGAGGUUCCACCACGAGGAAGCCAAGUGGCCAAUCAGGACAACAAUUCUGCCAGUCCUGUCCCUGGGUCCAAUUUGUCCUAGACUCUGUGGUUCAUUGUGUGUGUGUAUAUGGUGAGGUUUAUGUCCAUCUUUACUGGAAAGGACAGACCACCACCACUGUCUGUCAUUUUUUUUCCCCAUCUUGCUUGGGUAUCGACCGAUCUACUAUGUUGUCAGAUCAAGUUGUAAUAAUUUCUUAAUAUCUGACUUAUUUUACACAUCUACGGUAAUUGAUGAGAAGGCAAAUUCCGUGGAGAGAACAUUCCAAAUCGUCCUUGCCAAAUUCAAAGAUAAAAACGAAUAUCCAGUGGAAUUGUGUAUUUUUACGGUGCCCGUAAAGGGACGUUUAAAAAAAAAAAAAAAAAACUUUUUCUCAUUGUAAUGAGUAACUUUCUCAUUGUAAUGAUUAUCUUUGUCAUUGUAAUGAGUAACUUACUCAUGAGUAAGUUGAACUUACUCAUUCCAAUGAGUGUCGAAUAACGGCUACCUAUGGGUUGUAGCUAUUUGACCUGCUAGCGGUAGCUUCCUGAAUAUGGAAUAAGGGUCUUUUAUAAAUGCACACAUGCAAUGGACUAGUUUCUCAUUACAAUGAGAAACCAGUUUUUGUUUUUCCCAAUGUCCCUUUAGGGGCUCCGUAUAUUUUUUUGUGUAUGAUUUUUUUUUUUUUUUUUUUUUUUUUAUGAUGUAACAGUAACAGUAAUUUGGGCCCAUAAUACUGUUUUGUUGGCUUAAUUUGAAUAGUGUGUCAUGAAUGAAAUGAUUGCACAAAUGAAAUGGUGCAACUGUCUUGCGUCUGGCUCAGGCUUUACAGUCCAGAGGAAGGCUUGAGCAGCUUCCUCCGGACAAGCCGAUUGGACAUCCACCACAAAGUCACUCACAUUCUUCCCGUUUAUGAAGCUCUGCCUUAUAAACCCCAGCCGAGGGGCCGGGCGGAGUGGAUGCUUGUCAUUGGAAGGGUGUGGUGGAGUUUGCGUGGUUGCCGGCUAAAGCUGUUUGGCGAUUUCUUGCUUUUCACAAUCAAUUAAAAAAAAAAAAAAAAACGUUUGAGUGCAUACUGUUUGUUGUGACAUGCAAAAACAAAAGCAAAGAAUAUUCAACAGGAACAAUCUUUUUUUUUUCCCUGUGAACAUUUUUCUC